UAAUAAAAACAUCAGAGAAAAUGCAGGUCACACUCAUGUGUGUACAAGAAAACAAAAAGGCACGGCUGCACCACAGAAGUGUCAACAGCCCAUCUUUUGCACCGCCAAUAAGUGGUGGAGCUGCCAUUGGGGUGGCACAAUUGUAAAGCAAAUAUUAAAGAAGCUAUGAUGGAGAUUUGGAAGGUAUACAUUCCCCAUGAACUGUGUCUCCAAGGUGAAGCUUUUCUAUUUGGUCAUGUGAAUAACAAUAACCAAUCAGCUUACAUCAGUGCCUCGUCAGGUGAUGUAGUAUUAGCCAAUCAACUUCAAGGUAGUUUACCAUUGGUUGGAUUCUGGAUGGGAAACAAUUCAAGUGAAAAAACAGUCAAUAAAAGACACACAGACUGGAUAGUGAUUGGUAGAAACAGUGCAGGAGAUAUAAAUUGUAAAGUUUAUAGGUCAGGAAAGGAAGUGUUAUGCACAUGCAUUAUCUAUGAUCCAGCAGAAAUUCUUAGUUCAGCAGUUUUAACAGACAAGGUACAAGAUACACUGCUUGAACAGUUAGACAAUAUCACUUCAUUGGUAAAGGUGUUAGAAUCAGCAAGAUCUAUACUAUCUGCAUUUGAAGUUCAAGAAAAUCUCCAUUCAUAUUGUGGAAAGAAGGUGAACUUAAAAUAUAGCAAUAAAUUUACAGCUGCACUUUUUGCACUGUUGGCGAUAUUGUAUGUUCCAUUUUGGAAACUUGGAAAGCCUUCAAAAAGAGAUAAAAAUGAAACAUCAUUAUUUGCAACCCUUCUUAGUCCUCCGGUGUUUAUUACGGAGUUAGGGUCUCACUCAGGCAGAAUAGCACAAGCCAGAAACUCGAAGAAUAUCACGCCUUUGGAAGACCUAAGAUUAAACAAUGUGUUGGCCUGUCAGAUUCUGGACUCUGCUCUGGGGUUGGUGCUCAUGUAUUUCCUAGUGUCUGGAAGCACUGCUCAAAACCUGGCUAAUAUCUGCAUGGCUUAUGGAGAUAGAGUAGCUGAAGAGUUGCGGGCCUUGCUAGAGUGGUUGAUGGGAGCCCCUGCCGGUCUGAAGCUAAAUAGUCCUCUUACACACUUCCUUGGAAAAUUCUUUCAGUACCAUAUCUACCUUUGGACUGUGUACUUGUCCAUCCUGCGUCCAGUGCUGGGCAGCUUGCUCUAUUACGGGUCUAUGUCUGGGGUUUGGGGUCUCACCGUACAACUGGCUCUCUUCCAAGACAUCUUUGCAACCAUGACCAUCCACAUCUACUGCUUCUAUGUGUAUGCUGCAAGAUUAUACCGCCUACAAGUGUAUGCCCUUGGGUCUUUAUGGCGGUUAUUCCGGGGGAAAAAGUGGAAUGUUCUCCGACAGAGAGUUGACUCAGCUGUAUACGAUGCUGACCAACUGUUUGUUGGGACGCUGCUGUUCACAGUUCUCUUGUUUCUACUUCCCACUACUGGACUGUAUUAUGUGGUGUUCUCUGUGUUGCGUGUGGUGGUGUUGACCGUACAAGGCGUUGUGACGAGAUUGAGGUACCACAUCACUUCAACUCCCUGGUGGUCAGUCUGUCUGUGGAUGAUAGGCUCAACAACUCUCAUUGAUAAAGCUGUCUUAAUUGCUGGAUGUUUUGAAAAAGAUUACCUAGUGCUGUAUAUGCAGGGAACAAGACCAAGUUUAAAAGGAACCAUGAAUCUUACAUGGAAACCAGACAGUAGCAGACAACACUAUAGCUGGAGUACAAUUGUGAAGAAUUUGCUACAAGGACACCUGAUCUACCCCUGGAUUGACAUGAAAAGACAGUAGUGCCAUUGUGGUUGUAACUUUCAUCAACUGAUUAAGGCACAGCCAAAUUUGCUCUAUGUAUGCCCUAAGAUAUUAUGAAGCAACUUUGUUGUAAGCAUCUACGUGUGCCAUAAUCACAGUUUUGUAUCAAUCUUAAUAAAAUAUGUUAUACUUUAAUGAAAUGCUAUUGUUAUGAAAGUGUUAAGGGGUUUAGAAAAGAAUUAGUUGAUAAGGAGUUGACAGACUUUAGUUACCCACAUUAUCAUUGUGUAAUACGUAAUAAUUAUUUAAAAUUCAGGUUUCUUUCCAUGUUUUUUAAGCUCACCUGAUCUUGAAUUGCUCAGGGUGAUUAAGCUUUUAGGACUGACCAUUGGAUGAUAUUUGUCAGCCUGUUGUUUGUUGUCCAAAUUUGGUUUUUUAAGCACUCUUGAGGCCAAAAAUUUUAGUCCAAAAUCAUUGAAACUUGGUAAAAAUGUUUAAUCCUCUAAAAAUUGGGUCAUUUUAGAUUUACAGUAUUGUGGGUUCAAAAGUAUGUCACUAAGUUUGAUAAUUGUUUAAUAUUGUAAACUCUAGAGCUUACAAAUUUGGCCCAAAAUGGGUUGAAUUGAUAAAAUCUAGGUCAAAUUUAGAAGAUGGUUAUGUGCAGACAAAACAAGUCGUUCAUGACGUUGAAGGACUUUGCAACCUUGAUAUGCACAUUGGUCAUGAUCAGAAGAUGACCCCUAUUCAUUUUAAGGUCAAAUGUCAAGAUCAUCAUGGUUACCAUUAUUAGAAAAUUUUGAGCACUUUUAUUUUCAAUCAAUAUUUUUGAUCCGACUUUUCCAUGUUGUUUUCUAUUUACAGUACUCUAUCACUUCCUGAAUGCAUCAAGUGAAGUCAUCCAUUGCCCCAUCUUCUUUAUCCACAUAUUUUCUGUAUUGUGUUUUAGUUGCAUCUUCCUCAUUACAAAGGUCCAGCAUUCUAUAAGUAUAACUGGGUGGCGGCGAAGGAUUCUCCUCGUGGCGGAUUGGUCCACCCAGAUAUGUUUUUAGGGAAAUGUUAUUAUACACAUGCCAUUGACUUUUAUGUUUCAUUUAACAUUAUUUUGUAAAAUCAUUUUUAUGGCGUUAAUAAAUGCCCUAUUUUCAUUCAAA